AUGACCACAUCCAGCAGGCAGAGCUCUUCUAUGUCUAUGGUCAACAACUUGGCCAAAAUAUUCGAUCCAAAUGCUUUGCGAAACCAAGGGCCUGAUAAUGGAAUGGAACCCCCCCAAAUUCUUCAUGUUGCAAGCAGUGAUGUCAGCACAUCUGAAAGUUUUAACAUCAUGGAUAUGAAGUUUGCUUCCCUUGAACAGAAAAUAGAUAAGCUGUUGACUCUGCAAGACAAUGUCCUUAAGAAGCUUAACAGCGUUUCCCAAGAAAUCUGUUCCAUUGAAAAAGACAUUGAGAUUGUAAAGGCGGAAACGUCUGAACCUGGAUCAAGGAUGGAAAGAAACAAAAGUCUGAGAAGUAAUGAAAUGAAGAGGCUUUGCCUUAAAAUGGAAAAAUCUCUUUCUGAUAUAAACAGGAAUGCAGAGGAGCAGGUUAAAAGACUAGAUGGACUGGAACAAAGUGUUUCUGGACUACAGAAGCUUGUAGGACCUCUGACUGAGAAGGUUAAAACAUUAGUAAUUCAUAAUUUAAGUGUAAAACACCAUGUUCAAAAACGUAAACUUUGCAAGGCAGGUGAUUAUGCAAAAGGAGUUGGACAUCUUUUUAGAAUGCACAUUUUCUCGGAGACAACACCUGAUGCCCUGCUCAAGAAGAAAAGUGAAAAGGUCAUCAAAGAAAAGUCACAUUUGAAUGAGACAGGAACAAAAGAGAAGAAGCCACCAGAUUCAACAGAGGGGGCCAUCCAGAAGAGCCAGUCCUGCUCUCAGGAAGAAGUUGAUAAGCUCAACAAGGAAAAUGCCGAGAGGGAAAGUUCUGUUCUGCUUCAAGUGGAUCUUCCCAAAUUUCAUACUGAAAGGCCAGAGGAGAAAGGAGAAAGUUUGCCUUUCAAAAGCUGUUACAAAUAUAGGAGAAGCUCUGUUCAGAAAUCCUUCACUAAAGAAAAGCAGCAAGAAGAUGCUGUUAAUGAUGCUUGUCAAAGGAUAACUAGGCAAGAGAUAGAGAGUGAGUCCCCAGGAGAUGGGGAGAGGAAGGAGGAACAUUACAUGUCUGGAGGUGAAAGACAAGAGGAGAAGAAUGAAGGGGAGGGAAAUGCUGAUAAGAGUGAAAAAGAAGUUGAGGAACCACCAGCUCCUUCCCAAAAUGAAGAUGAGGCAGGACAAAGCCAUGAUCAAGAGGCACCAGAGGGAAGGUGUAAAGGCUGCGAAAAAGAUGAUAGUCCUACUCCACCAGCACCAUUUGAUCACCGGAUUGUCUCAGCCAAAAGGGUGGGGAUCAGCAGUUAUUACAAUGUCAGCGAGAAUGAAAUCCUGGGAGGAGGGCGAUUUGGUCAAGUGCACAAAUGUGAAGAGAAAGCAACAGGUCUCAAGCUAGCCGCCAAAAUUAUAAAAGCGAAAGGUCCUAAACAGAAGGAUGAAGUAAAGAAUGAAAUCAAUGUCAUGAACCAGCUGAAUCACGUGAACCUCAUCCAGCUAUACGAUGCCUUUGAAUCAAAAAAUGACAUUGUACUAGUCAUGGAAUAUGUGGAAGGAGGAGAGUUAUUUGACCGAAUUAUUGAUGAAAACUGCAAUUUGACAGAGAUGGAUACCAUCUUGUUCAUAAAACAGAUCUGCGAGGGAAUUCAGUACAUGCACCAAAUGUACAUUCUUCAUUUGGAUCUCAAGCCUGAGAAUAUCCUGUGUGUGAACCGAGCAGCAUAUCAAAUAAAAAUUAUUGAUUUUGGAUUGGCAAGAAGAUAUAAACCCAGGGAAAAACUUCGAGUUAACUUUGGGACUCCAGAAUUUCUUGCUCCUGAAGUUGUGAAUUAUGAGUUUGUCUCAUUUCCUACAGACAUGUGGAGUGUAGGAGUCAUCGCUUAUAUGCUCCUCAGUGGAUUGUCCCCUUUUUUGGGUGAUGAUGACAAUGAGACCCUCAACAAUAUCCUGUCCUGUAGCUGGGAUUUUGAAGAUGAGGAAUUUCGAGAUGUUUCUGAUCAAGGCAAAGAUUUCAUCUCAAAGCUUCUCAUCAAGGAAAAAUGCUGGAGAAUAAGUGCAACUGCUGCCUUAAAACACCCAUGGUUAUCAGACCACAAGCUCCACUGCAGACUCCAGAAGAAGACUAAAGCUGACUGUGUGUCCCAAGCACCCCCGGCUCAAUAA